AUGCAAGCCAUCCGCUUGCACCCAGCUCCCCCAUCCCACCCUGCCUACUCCCCCACCAACCCAGCCCCAACCUCCGCCCUCCGCCUCGACCACGCCAUCCCCAUCCCCAAGCCCACCCGCCCAGACGAGCUCCUCAUCCACGUCCACGCGACAACCAUAGUCCGGGAUAUGCUCACAUGGCCCGAAACCUACCGGCACGAGUACACCAUCCCAGGCAACGACCUCGCCGGCACGGUGGUCGAGGUGUUCGACUCGAAGGACACAGUCUCCGGCGCCUACCAGCCGGGCGAUGAGGUCUUCGGCAUGAGCCCCGCAGACCGCGCCGCCACCUGGGCUGAGUACACCGUUGUGCGGACCGGAGAAAUCGCCCAUAAGCCUACGGGGCUCGGCUGGGCGCAGGCGGCGGGGCUACCGCUCAGCGCGCAGACGGCGUACGAGGCGUUGUUCGUGCAUGCCGGGAUCGGGGUGCCUUCUUUGGGCGAUGCGAUCCACAACCUUAAGAAAAAGAAGAAGGAGAAGGACGAGGCGGCGCACAAACUACCGGCAAAGCAGAAGCUCCUUAUCACAGGCGCGUCCGGUGCUGUGGGAAUCCAUCUCGUGCAACUCGCCGCCGCCGCUGGCGGGCUCUACGUCGUCGCCGCGACGAGCUCAGACGCUCGUAACCGGGAGUUUUUGGUCGAUCUGGGCGCGGACGAGACGGUCGAGUAUGCGUCGCUGGACACCCGGGCAGCUGAGUUUGAUAGCGUGGUGGAUGCGGUGGGCGGGGAGGUGUUGGCGCGGUGCUGGGAUUAUGUGAAGCCGGAUGGCGGGGUGUUGGUGUCGGUCGACUCGAGCAGCUUCGACUUUGUCGAGAGGCAUGCGCAGCGGGGGAUACGCAGGGAGGGCGUGCGGGCGCUGUUCUUUAUUGUUGAAGGGAGUGCGGAGGCGUUACGGUUUGUGGCGGGGUUGGCGGAGGACGGUGGGUUGGUGUCUUUGGUCAAUCGAAUCUUCGCUUUUGAGGAGAUACAGGAGGCAUAUGAGCUUGGAAAUGGGCGGUCUGAGGGGAGAGGGAAGGUGGUACUGGUGCGGUGA